AAAAAGACAAUUAUUUCGGCUCCCUCUUCAUUUCUUCCUCAUAAUGAGCCAAGGUGUAGACCCUCGUGGGUGCUCUUUCUCCAAGCUUCCAUUGUCUUGCCGGAGGCAAGUUCUGCUGUAGUGGUGGUGGCGGUGGAUCGAUUCCCGGACAAUUUACCCUCAAGUGUCCAAGCUUCUUGCAACGAAAACAUAU